AUAGAGGGGGGGUAGCUCUCCUUUUCAACAAACGAUACUAAUUAUUAUCUCUAACAACAGUGAUUACAAAGAAGAAAAUGGAGCUUAAACCUGGUUUAUCAGCUUUAAUCACCGGAGGAGCUUCCGGCAUCGGUAAAGCGUUGAGCUUAGCUUUGGCUGGGAAAGGAUUAUUUGUAACGAUCGUAGAUUUCGCUGAAGAGAAAGGGAAGGAAGUUGCUUGUUUAGUUGAGAAAGAGAAUUCUAGAUUUCAUGAAAAGUUGGAGUUUCCUUCUGCUAUUUUUGUUAAAUGCGAUGUUACGAAUCCAAGAGAUAUUAGUUUAGCGUUUGAGAAGCAUGUGGCGACAUAUGGAGGAUUGGAUAUUUGUAUUAACAGCGCCGGCAUCAAUAAUCCAGUACCAUUUCAGAACGAUCAAAGUGAUGGGGCUAAGACAUGGAGGCACACCAUUAAUGUCAACCUGGUUGCAGUUAUUGAUUGUACUCGCCUUGCAAUUAAAACUAUGCAAGCUCUGCAAAAGCCAGGGGUGAUAAUCAAUACAGGAUCUUAUGCUGGUCUUUUCCCAUUUUUCUUGGACCCCAUUUACUCUGGCUCAAAAGGAGGUGUUGUCUUGUUUACUAGAUCACUAACUCCGUACAAACGUGAAGGAAUACGUGUCAAUGUUCUUUGCCCUGAGGUUGUUCGAACAGAGAUGGGAGAAAAACUGGACCCCAAAUAUGUAUCUCUAAUGGGAGGCUUUGUGCCAAUGGAGUUGGUGGUAAAAGGUGCUUUCGAGCUUAUCACUGAUGAAAGCAGAGCUGGUUCUUGCCUAUGGAUUUCAAACCGCAGAGGCAUGGUAUAUUGGCCCAUUCCAUCUGAAGAAGCAAAAUACUCUUUGCGUUCUUCCACAAGUUCCAGGACCAACAAAAUCUCGUUCCAAGCUCCUUUAAGUUCCCAACUACCUCAGAAUUUUAAGAAACUUGUUGUGCAUACCUGGAGCCAAAAUUUUCGUGAUGCAACCCAUAUAAUAAGUGCACCAUUGAGACUACCUCUUGAGUCAGACCAAGUUCUUCUGAAAGUCAUUUAUGCUGGUGUAAACGCAGGUGAUGUGAACUUUAGCGCAGGCCGUUAUUUUCAAGGAACCAAGAAAGACCCUGGAUUUGAGGCAGUGGGAAUAAUUGCUGCCAUUGGAGAUUCUGUAAGAAAUUUGAAAGUGGGAACUCCUGCUGCAGUCAUGACUAUUGGAUGUUAUGCUGAAUUCAUGAAGGUUCCUUCAAAGCAAAUACUUCCAAUUCCAAGACCUGACCCGGAAGUUGUUGCUUUGCUUACUUCAGGAUUAACAGCAUCAAUCGCUUUGGAAGAGCUUGGUCAGAUGAAAUCUGGAAAAGUUGUCCUUGUAACCGCUGCUGCUGGAGGGACUGGACAAUUUGCAGUCCAGCUUGCAAAACUGGCAGGAAAUAAAGUUGUUGCAACUUGCGGAGGAAAAGAAAAGGCGAGGCUUUUAAAAGAAUUUGGGGUUGAUCGAGUCAUAGACUAUAAAACUGAAGAUAUCAAAACUGCUCUCGAGGAGUUUCCUAAAGGAGUUGACAUUGUUUACGAAUGUGUCGGUGGGAACAUGUUUAAUUUGUCCCUCGAUGCUUUGGCUAUCCGUGGACGUCUCAUUGUGAUAGGAAUGAUCUCUCAGUAUCAAGGGAAGGAUGGAUGGAAGCCAUUAAAUUACCCUGGGCUUGUUGAGAAGCUUUUGGCCAAAAGCCAAACUGUUGCUGGCUUUGUCCUGAUCCAUUAUAGCCAUUUAAUGCAAAAGCACCUGAUUAGACUAUUUCAGCUUUACUCUUCAGGAAAGCUUAAGGUCGUGAUAGACCCGAAAAGAUUUUCGGGUUUGCAUUCAGUUAGUGAUGCUGUUGAACAUCUGCAUUCGGGUAAAAGCACCGGCAAGGUUGUUGUUUGCAUGGAUCCAAGCUUUGAACAUCAAAUGGCUAAGUUAUGAUUUGCAGCCGAUGAUCAUGGAGUAAUCGUUCAUCAUUCAUCCCCAGCGGAUAAGUCUUAAAAACUAUUUACAUCUCAUAGCGGAAAUAUACUCAUACAUACGUAGCAGAAUCAUGUUCAUUUAAAAUGGUUACUAGGUUUGAACAAAGAACCACAAGUUAGCAUUAAAUUGCUAUUUCUUUUUUGUAUUGUAUAAUGUAAUGCUAAAUGAUGCCAUCGUGUAUGUGUAUUUGGAACUAAAAGUUAUAUCGAAUAAUAGUAUAUAGAAAAGUAAUGGAGGGGAUCCUAACCCGAUAUUCUCGAAAA